GCCUUUGGGCUUCUGGACCCUCGGACUCCUAGAUGGGCCUUAUCCUUAACCCCGGGAUGGCCCCUUCUCCCAGUAGCACUCCUUUCCUUCCCACCUUGUUCCCCAGGAUCCUUGAGCCUUCUGCUUCCUCCGUAGUUAGUGACCAUCCUUUUAGGGGAAGCAGACCCCUAGAGGCCCCUCAUCCUGGUAACUGGCCCCCUUUGGGGUUAAGGUGCUCCAAGACAGUGCCAUACCUCCCCCCUCUACCCUCAGCAGCCUUGGGCUUUCCCCCUAGUUUAGCUGCCUGACUUCAUUGAGUUCCUUCCCUUCCUGCUUCUUGCAGGAAAAAGAGGGGGAGGUGGCAGCUUUGCAGAAACUGGGCCCUCAGCAUUCAGUGUGAUAUUUUUUCUUUUUCUUUUUCUUUUUUUUGGCCAGAGCCUGCUUGGAGGUGGGGGUGCCAUGGAGGGUGGUUAGAUCUCUGCCACCCAGACUGAAUGAGAGGGUGGGAAGGAGACACUGACCUGAGAGGAAGAGGGGCUCUAGCUGGGGAGGAAGGUUAGAGGGUGGGAAAUAGGAGACCAGCAUGGGAGAGGCUGAGCCCGUCUUAGAAGGUGAAGUGUGGGAGGUAAUAGAGAGGGCCAGGAAUGCUGGCACCUGAGGCUGAGGGCAGGUCGGUCUGGGGCCUGUCUGAGUUAAGUAAGAGCUGUCCUCAGCAGGAGCUGAAUGCCCAGAACAGUUAUCCCUGGGGUGGGGAGGGAAGGUUGUCCAGUGCUGCUGGUGAGAGCUCUUGAGGCCUUGGCUUCUUUCAGUGGUGGAGCAGCUUGGCCAUGUGGACUUUCCUCUUCCCCCAUCCUUCCCUAACCACCUGGAGGCCUGGCCCUGUCUUUGUGAUGGGGCAGCAUCUGGGCACUGGGGAUCUUGGGAAAACCCAGCUUCUCAAGCCCUUACCCUGUUCUCUAUGGGCGCAGGGACUUCUUCUUGGCGAAGAGCUGGAAAUCCAGUGGGAGGCCAUUGCUAUAGCAACAGGCACAGGCCCUGGCUUUACCUCAUCAAAUUCCAGCCCGACGCCAAAGCGAUUGAGAAAUUUAAAAAAAAAGAAAAGAAAAAAUGUAUUCCAGAUGUUUACUUUUUAUUCCCUGUUUUUCCGUGUUUGGAUGGAGGCAGCUCUGACAGAGGCUCUAGAGGGAGGGCUGGGGAGGCAAAAGAGGAGGGAGCCAGGGGAUGGGAACCACUCCCAGCCGAAGGAGGGAGACUAGGAAGGAGCUGGGGCACCCGGGGCGGAGCAACUGCAGGUUGGCGUGGAGCGGGUUUUUCCCGUCCCCCAUGAGGUGAAGUGAUUCACGGGAGCGCUUAACCUCUGAGGCCUAAGUGUCCUGCCCAGCCUGGUGCCCUCCGUUGGGAAGUGGGCACCCCCAUUGUGGGGUGGGGGAGGGAUAGCCGGACCGUGGGAAAGACUCUUUCCUUCUUCUGUAGGGUCUGCUGCAUGUGAUGAAUUUAUCCACUCUCAGGGAAAGCGCACCCAUGGCUUCCCAGCCCCCCCAAGAGAUGGAGGAGGAGCUGCUGCCUGCUGGCCUGGAGCCAGGGGACUUACGGGCCAAACCCCCAGUCAAGCCCAAACCUGAGCCCCGGACACUGCCUGCCAAGCCAGCUCUGCCAGCCAAACCCAGUCUGCUGGUGCCUCUGGGGCCCAGACCCCCCAGGGGUCCCUUAGCUGAACUGCCUUCUGCCAGGAAAAUGAACAUGCUGGCAGGGCCCCAGCCCUAUGGUGGCAGCAAGCGCCCCUUGGCCUUCUCUCCUCGGCCAGCCCCAGAGGCACCAUCUGCACCACCAGAGGCAGCUAGCCCUCGGGAGACCAGCAAGGAAGAAGGGUCCCUGGCUACCCCUCCAGCCCGGUGCCCGGCCCCAGCUGGGGUCCGAAAGGCUCCUGCUCCUUUCCGACCAUUGUCUGAUCGAUUCUCUACCAGCACUGUGGAGGAGAUUUUGGCCAAGAUGGAGCAGCCCCGAAAAGAGGACCCCUCCAGCCCUGACCGCCUCUGGGGCUCCCGCCUCACCUUCAGCCAUGAUGGCACCUCCCACUACGGUCCAAGGGUUUAUGGCCUGGUGCAGGGUCCUGGGGAUGAGGAGGUGUCAUCACGGAGCACUUCCAAAGCCCUGUCUCAGGAAGAACAGGCACAACCCAAGGAGGGGCAGGAUGAAGGAGGCCGGAAUUCAGUGGGGCAGUGCUCAGCCCAGCCCCAAGAUGCCCAGCCUGAAGCAUCUAGCAGGAUUCCCGAAGAGAGACUCUUCUCCUCUGACCCGACAUCCAAUGGAGACCUGGCAAGCACCACGUUACUCUAUGCAGUUUCCAAGCCUUCACCCCAUCCUCACCACACUGUUUCUCCAAUCUCAGCCAGUUCUGAGCCCCAUGAUCCCCCUAGUCCUCCAAGGGCUCCAGUGUCCCCAAGCUCAGCCCCCUCUGCUGAGGGACUCUCGACCUCCCAGAGCCCAGUCCCCUCCACAGAGAAGUUACCUGAAUCCCUGAAACCAUUCAGUCCAUCCUUCCCAUCAGGGGAAUCCUCUGGGUCCCCUAGCUCAGUCACCUCCCCUGAGAAGACCACCACCACCACCCCAGAGGCUCCAGGGUCUCCCAGGCCAGAGCAUCUCCAGGUCAUCUCUCCCCAGAUUCCACCUUCAGGGGGCCAGUUUUUGAAGCACUUGGGAGAGGAGGGUAGAGAGUUAGGCCUCCGUGCCCCCCACCUGGAGCAGCGCCGCUUCUCAGAAGGUGUGCUUCGGCCCCCCAGUCAAGAUCAGAGGAAACUAGGGGGGUCCCUGGCUGCCUUGCCUCAGGAUCAGGGAGGAGCAGGCGGCUUGGAGCAGCCCUUUGGGAGUGGAACAGAAUCCAACUGGAGCUUGUCACAGUCCUUUGAGUGGACCUUCCCCACUCGGCCUUCAGGUCUAGGAGUGUGGCGGCUGGACUCUCCGCCACCCUCACCCAUCACUGAAGCAGAUGACUCGGGUCUCUCUGAGGGAGAAGGGGAAGAGGCUGAUGGAGUUCAGAGCUCCAGGCCUAUUAGGGCUGCCUCAAGGGUUCAGAGUCAGAACACUCAACAGGGGCUCCUCCAGAACCAACAGGGAAAUGACAGAAAUCCAGCUUCCUCCAACCCUUCAUCAGAUCUCCAGCCCAAAGACCAGGAUUUACCAAGACUGUCACUGCUACGAGCCGAAGAGGUGGCAGGACCUGAGGAACCCCUGACUGGCCUGGAGGCUCCCCUCCCUCCCACUCCAGAGGAGGAGGCUGCCUUGCCCAUCCUGGAGCCUGUUCGGGAGCAGGAGCCCCCCCUUCCUCCCGCUCAGCCCUGUAUCUUGUUUGCCGAAGCCCUUGUCCCAGAGCAGGCUGUACCCUCCCAGGAAGAUGCCCCAGAUUUGGCAAAGGCAGAGACCAACCUCACCAGGCCUGAGGGAGGGGAUCUCCCGAGGAUGUCACCCGAGAUGAGGGCCCCCGAAAGUGAUUCUGGCUGGCUAGACAAGCUCUUGGCCUCGCCACCUCCUAGUGCCAAUGGUGUCCGGAAAGCAGCCAUGCCUGAGCAACGUGAGACUCAGAUGCCCAGUGCCAACCCUGAGGGGCUCCUGGGAUGGUCCCAGAAAGACCUGAAAAGUGAAUUUGGAAUUGGUGUAGACUCUCACCCUAGCACCUUCAGCUCCUCUUCAACCUGGGCCAGAGAGAGCACCAGGGGCUAUGGCAUUGGGGGCUCAGGCCCCAGUGAGAGAGAUUGGGGCAUUGAUGAUGGCCAUGCGAGAGUAGCGCAAAGCCAUCGGGAAUGGAGCAACACUUAUGGCAUUAGCCAGCCAGGGAUGGAGAAAGAGUUUGAAUCCAGGAAUGGAGACCAGACCAAGGAGCAUAUCUUAGGAAGAGAUAUUAUGGCCCAGGAGUUUGGGAAGGCAGAUCAACUUGGACCUUACAGUUGCCACGCUGCUGACUUACAGGACCGAGAAUUUGAGAAGAGAGACUCACUUGGGACUUACAGUAGCCAGGCUGUUGAAUUACAAGACUGGGAAUUUGGGAAGAAAGAUCCACUUGGGACUUACAGUAACCAGGAUGCCGAUUUACAUGCCCGGCAAUUUGAGAAGAGGACCUGGAUGAGUGAAUAUGGCGGCGGCAGCCAGAGAGAUGCAGAUUGCCUAGAAAGAGCCUUUGGAGAGAGAGAUCUGAGUGGUGUGUUCAGUAUGGAGCACUCAGAGCAGCAGGACAAAGAAUUUGGGAAGAAAGAUCAAAGUGACAGCUCUUGCCUUAGAGAGGUUAACAGGGAAGAGAUAUUGGAGAAAGAGCAAGAGACCUUAUAUGGCCCUAAUACUCCCAAUUCACAGGAUCAGGAGCUUGGUGAAGGAGAUUUGAGCAGUUGGCCUAAGAGCAAUGACUCUAAUUGUCAGGGAGAAUUUGGGAAGAAAGACCAAGCUGAGACUUACAGGAGCAAUGAUGUCAACCGCCAAUCCAGGGAAUUUGGGAAAAAAGACUGGCCUAGUGAAUUUGGCCAAGGAGACACGAGUGAGACAGAGAGGGAAUUCAGUCUAGGGAGACGAGAUUGGACCAGCGACUUCCGCAUUGAAGGCACAGACAAGAGUGACCAAUUUGGUAUCAUUGGGACUGAUAGAGGCAACUGUUCAGGCCUGGGCAUUCUUAGUGGCUCAAAUAUGGGAAGCACCAACUUUGUGUCACCUGGGAAUAUUAUGAUGGGACAGACACAAUGGACUGAUGAUCUGGGUCUCAGGAACUUGGAUGUAUCUGGUUGUGUGGGAUCAGAAGGACCAAGUGAGGGCCGAGAGCAUGGGGUUGGACAGACUGACUGGUCCUCUAACUUGGGUUUGAGAAACAUGAAUAUGCCCAGUGACUUAGGGAAUGGAGAGCCUGGGGAAUCUAGGGAACUUGGAGUAGGACAGAAAGACUGGACCCCAGAUCUUGGUCUGAGAAAUAUAGAUGUCUCAAGGGUCCUAGAGUCAACAGGGCCCAGUGAGCCCAGAGAAUGUGGUGUAGGACAGACAAACUGGAUUCACAAUCUUGGGAUAAGGAAUACAGAUGCACCCAAUGAUAUGAAGCCUGGAGAUCCUCUGUCAUCAAGGGAGCAUGGAGUAGGGCAAGCUGACUGGACAUCUGACCUCAUGCUGAGAAACCUAGACCUGGGGACAGGGGGCAGCCUCAGAGAGGCCAGAGAGCAUGGUGUAGGACAAAUGGACUGGACCCAUGAUCUGGGAUUGAGGAACAUGAAUCUGUCUAGUCCCCUAGAGUCUGGGGGUUCCAGCGAGGCCCGAGAAUGUGGAGUUGGACAGAUGGACUGGCAAGACAAUCUGGGCCUCCACGCCACUGACUUUUCAGGUAGCUUGGAUCUUGGAGGUCCAAGUGAAGCCCGAGAGCAUGGAGUCGGCCAGGUGGAUUGGCCUCAGGAUGGAGAUCUCACAAGCCCCAGUUUAUCUGGUGACCUGGAGGCCAGAGAGCCCACAGAAGCCCGGGAACUAGGAGUCGGAGAGGUGAGCCAGCCUGGCAUUCCUGAGAGCCAAUAUGGUGGUGACUCCCAGCCCUCAGAUGGGAGCGAGGCUGAUAUUGGGAUGGACUUGACAGAAUCCACCAACUCAGGGACCAGCUCUGGCGGGUACCUUGCCCGAUCUCCACCCUCUGGCUCUCAGGGCCCACCACAGGAUGUGUCGGGUGGCAGCGGGCUCAGAGUGGCCUCUGGCAGAGAGAGGAUGGCCUUGGGCCCCAGGGCCCAGUCAGAAGAGGAAGAAGAAGAGACGAUGGCGGAUGGUGCUGGGGAGCGGGGGCCAGAGCUCGGAGGGGCCUCUCUUCCUUCUUGCCGGCCCCAGCCUGAUGGCGAGGCCAGCCGCGCAGAGGAGAUAGACGGUAGCUGGGCUCCCCGAAGGGAUGGCCCUGCAGCCCCCAGACUGCUCCCUGGCCCACCAUCUGAGGACUUCUCCUUCAUGGAGGACACAGAAGUUCUAGACAGUGCCAUGUACCGGAGCCGUGCCAAUUUGGGCCGCAAGCGUGGCCACCGGGCUCCAGCCAUCCGCCCCGGGGGCACCCUGGGCCUCUCUGAGGCUGACAGUGAUGCCUGGCUCUUCCAGGAUUCCACAGAGCCUCGGGCUUCUCGGGUGCCAUCUUCAGAUGAGGAGGUGGCCGAGGAGCCUCAGAGUCGCCGCACGCGCAUGUCCCUGGGCACCAAGGGCCUGAAGGUCAACCUGUUCCCCGGCCUGAGCCCCUCUGCUCUCAAGGCUAAGCUGCGUCCCCGAAACCGCUCUGCCGAGGAGGGGGAGCCCGUGGAGAGCAAGUCCACCCCGAAGGAGUCUGCCGUCCAGCGCUCCAAAUCCUGCAAGGUUCCCGGCCUCGGGAAGCCCCUCGCAUUACCUCCCAAGCCAGAGAAGUCCUCAGGGUCUGAAGGCUCCUCCCCAACCUGGCUGCAAGCAUUGAAGCUGAAAAAGAAGAGGGUCUGAGGCACCGCUUUGGAGGUGGUUCCUGCCAAUCCUCCGAAGCAGCCCCAACCCUGGGAGGCCCUGGAUCAGGGAAGAGGGCUGGAGUCCUGCCGGCCGCCCACUCUGGCCUCCUCCCCUGCCCUCGGCACAUUUAUGCACUUUGGACCCCCCUGGGAUGCAGUCAUUAGAGCGGUCGGUGUUGGCCCGUCCCCCCUCCCCCCGGGUUUUUUUUUUGAUACCACUUUAUAACGUUUUUGAUAAAAGCCUCCAUUUUUUGUACCGGGCGGUGGCCGCCCCCUCCCUGCCCCGGAGCCUGUGGACACCAAGGACAUUCUGUCACUUAACAAUAAAGCUUUCUGGGGAUUGGUGAUUA